AUGGAUCAUUCAAAGUCUCCGCCCUUAUCCCUUCCUUCCUGUUGGUACGCGCCAUGGAAUCUCGAUGUCUUGCAAGAGUCAACAAUCAAAUCUCUGCUCCUCAGUGUCGUGACUGUUUGGGGGUGGGGUUUUACACAUAUGACGUCUUGUUCAAGCCCUGGUACAUUCGGCUUCUCUGCCAUCACGAUGCGCUCGCCCAUCGCUUCCCAACAUGGGCCUGCUGCUGGAUGGAAACGCUUUGGACAAUUUCUGGACAGCAGUGUCGCCAUUCACCACCCCUUCUUGACCUCAACUACAUCAUUGGGCUUUCAAAAUGGCGCAUUUUUGUGA